AUGUCUGCGCCAUACACUGUUCGUUGGGGGAUCCUCGGCCCCGGCUGGAUUGCAGGAGAAUUCUCCAAGGACCUUGUCCUCGACCCCAGCACCCGCGGCGUGACCGACAUCAAGCACAUCGUACAAGCAGCUGCCUCCGCCACCUCUCUCGAGCGGGCAAAGACCUUUCUCUCCGACGUCGGCGCGCCCAACGGCACCGCCUACGGAAGCUACGAGGAGCUCAUCGCCGAUCCCAACGUCGACAUUAUCUACAUUGCGACGCCGCACUCGCACCACUUUCCGCAAUGCCUGAUGGCGCUGAAUGCGGGCAAGCCCGUGGUGUGUGAGAAGCCAUUCACGGUCAAUACGGAGCAGACCAGGAUCUUGGUGGAGCUGGCGAGGAAUAAGGGACUGUUUUUGAUGGAGGCCGUGUGGACGAGGUUCUUCCCGAUCAGUGUGCAGAUUAGGGCGUUGAUUAAGGAGGGACGCAUCGGAGAGGUUAGGAGGGUCUUUGCGGAUCUGAGUAUGGCGCAGGCACCGGAGGAGAAAUAUGAUGAUUCGCAUAGGAUGGUGAACCCUGAUCUUGCCGGAGGAGUACUACUAGAUCUCGGCGUCUACUCCCUAACCUGGGUCUACCAAACCCUCUACCACACUCUCCCCGCUGCCGUCAAGCCCAAAUCCAAACCCACCGUUACCGGCACAAUCUCCAAAUACGAGCGCACAGGCGUCGACGUUGAGAACGCCGUCAUCGUGAAGUUCCCCAACUCGAUCGGCAUCGCCACGAGCAGCAUCCGUGUUGCCGCUGACCCCGAGGACAACAACCACACCGCCAUCAAGAUCCAAGGCACGCUCGGCGAGAUCCGUGUCGAUCACCCGGCCUAUGCGCCAGCGGGAUACUCGAUCGUUGUGGCCGGGAAAGGUGUUGAGAGGGUGGAGUGCCCAGUGCCUGCGGGCAAGGGAAUGCAUUGGGAGGCGGAUGAGGCCGCGAGGUGUUUGAGGGACGGGAAGCUGGAGAGUGAGACUAUACCGCUGGAGGAGUCGUUGCUGGUUAUGGAGGCGAUGGAUACCGUGAGGGCGCAGGCUGGGUUUAGGUAUCCAGAGGUGAUUGAGUCGACGGAGCAUUAG